AUUACCUCGGACGCAACUUAUCUGGAAAAGGCAGAGAAAGGUGGCAGGGAGGUUUGGAAACGUGGUCUCCUCAGAAAAGGCUGUGGCCUCUGCCAUGGUUCCGCUGGCAACGGAUAUGCUCUCCUUAGUCUCUAUCAACACACACAUAAAUCGGAAUAUCUUCAACAAGCUGCUGCGUUUGCUGAAUGGUGCACCGAUUACUUCAACCAUGCUGAACGGACCCCGGAUCGCCCUCUUUCACUGUUUGAAGGUACGUUUUAA